AUGGAAUGGAGGAAGUGCUACUUGGAUGUGAUAUUGGUGCCCUUGGGGUUUCUUACAAGCAUUGGCUACCAUUUCUGGCUAUGGCAUAAGGUUCGAACUCAGCCACACACAACCAUCAUUGGCAUCAAUGCUAGUGGUCGUAGAAAUUGGGUUCAUGCCAUGAUGAAGGAUAAUGACAAGAAAAACAUUCUGGCCGUACAAUCUCUAAGGAACACAAUCAUGGGUGCUACUCUAAUGGCCACAACUUCCAUUCUCCUCUGCUCAGGUCUAGCAGCAGUGAUAAGCAGCACUUACAGUGUGAAGAAGCCACUGAGUGAUGCAGUGUAUGGGGCACAUGGAGAGUUCAUGGUGGCCCUCAAAUAUGUCACACUCCUCACAAUUUUCCUCUUCUCGUUCUUCUGUCACUCUCUCUCCAUAAGGUUCAUAAACCAAGUGAACAUCCUAAUCAACACCCCUCAGGACCCCAUGUCCCUAGUGACCCCACAGUAUAUCAAUGAGAUCCUGGAGAAAGGCUUCAUUCUCAACACUGUGGGGAACAGGCUCUUCUAUGGAGGACUCCCUCUGCUGCUCUGGAUCUUUGGCCCUGUCUUGGUCUUCCUCUGCUCCCUCACCAUGGUCCCAGUGCUCUACAAUCUUGACUUUGUCUUCACUUCUGGGAAGGGAAAGAUGGAGGCCAACCAGAACAGGGAUUUUGUAUGA